AUGGCGGACGCCCUCGCUCCUCCGUUCUUCGCCGCCUACGUUGCCAUCAACGUCAAGCAGCACGUGUCGAUCGUCCUCAGCUUCGAGCGCCCCAACUUCAACAAGUGGAGGGCGUUCUUCACCGCCCUCUGCACCAAGUACGGGCUCCUUGGCCACAUCGAUGGCACGCUGCGUGCACGUCCGGCAGAUCCUACAUGGUCUCAGCCCGAUGCCUGCAUUCGUGUGUGGAUGUAUGGCUCUGUCGAUGAUCCUAUCCUUGACCUCGCUAUUGAUGACGCCGACCACGACGCCUGCGCCCUCUACGUCUCCAUCGAGGCCUUGUUCCAAGCUAACAAGGAACUACGCACCGUCGUCCUCGGCCAAGAAUUCCACAGCAUGUUCCAGGGCGACCUCUCUGUCGACGCCUACGCCAGAAGCUGA